AGACUUCUCCACGUUUGUAGAAGCACGUUGUGAUAACCUUCGCGUGAUUGCCUCUGUUUGUUUGCUCACACUGAGGAAUGGGUAUAAAUAGGCAUCUCUAUCAUUGUGGAUUUCCGUGAAGUUGACGCCGCUGGUUGAUGUAAAUUAAGGAAGCGAUGAUGGUCCUGCACAUUGACUUCAUCUUUGAUGGUACAUGACUUUGUGCCUGCGCCGGGUAGCGGUACAGCAAACUGGCACCUUUUCUAACUGUGCCUCUUUCAUGUCUGCCUGCAGGUGAUGUGGCCCCCUACUUCAAAACGGAGCCAGGACCUCCAGAGAUCCACCUAGAAGGGAACCGCCUGGUCAUGACCUGCCUGGCGGAGGGCAGCUGGCCUCUGGAGUUCAAAUGGGUGCUCAACAACACAGAUAUCACAGCCUUCUCCCCCGAGUACAAGUAUACCAUCUCCUCUCUCCAGCGCUCCAAUAUGGGUGUUUAUCAGUGUGUGGUGAGAAACAGGAUGGGCGCUCUGCUUCAGAGAAGAGCCGAGAUACAAGUGGCAUAUAUGGGUGACUUUCUCGACAAUGACCAAAGAAAGACCGUGACACAGGGCCGGGCCGCCAUCCUAAAUUCCCCAGCGGUCAGUUGCUUCCCGCGGCCACAGGUGACAUGGUUCAGGGACGGCUACAAGAUCAUUCCCAGCAACAGAGUGUAAGUACAGCUUAAUUGCUUGUCUAAUCUUUAAACCUGAACGCCUGCUCAUUAGGAAAGUUCUGGGUGACCCAGCAAAGGUCCCUAUGGCUUUGGGUUCACGUAAGGGAUGUAAUUACCUUCAGUGUUCACGCUUAAUUCCUCUGGGCAUGCAUUUACUGUGACCAACAGUGGAAAAUGCUGGGGAAAAACAGAGAGACACUUCAGCCAGUGAUGCAGAAGACAUGGAUACUGUGCACGACUUUCUUUUGAGUGUGUGUGCGAGUGUUUUUCUCCCACUGCCUUGUCACAGAAGUGCAAUUAAUGCCUGUUCUCUGCCCUUCUUUAAUCUUGCUAAGGUAGUUCUUCAUUGCCUUUUUCUAAUUAGCAGCUCUCCCAGGCUGAGAUCGACGAGGCUGAUCCGAUUCGCCGUUAUCACUCAAGUGUCUUUCAUUCCAUCGAGACCCAAAUAAAACUCCACCACUGAGACACAACUAAUGACUCACCUUUCGCUCCAUGCAUAUAGCAGUGGGCCCAUUCGAGAAUUGCAUUUGAUAUUGGCAGAAGGUGUAAUUGAAAAGUAAGCAGGCUAAUGUAGGUAAAUUUGGAAAUAAACUCUGGGUAGUAAUGAUUUGCAUUCGUUCCGUUUGGCUUCAUUGGAUUGAUUAGCUGUGUCGACGUUCAGGCAGUUUUAUUCUCAAUAACUGUGCAGAACUGUGGUGGUGGUUCUGUGAUUCUAUUUACACCUGGAAUUAUUAUACAUCUCGUUGAUCUGAUCACAUGUGGACAACCAAUCACCAUGUGUGAUCCAAUCAGUCAUGCCUUAUGAGUAGUCAGAAAUGCAUGGGACCAAAUCACACUUGUUGUGUAAAUCCUAAUCUAUCAUGAACAGUGUCCUUUUUUUUCUAUCUUUCUUUUUUUAUAUAUAAAUAAAUACUUUUAUUUA